UAAGUGGUCAUUUUAACCACCUAAACUGAGGCUGUAUCUACAUUUAAUGUGGUGUUGCUGCAAUUUCAGGCCCUGAAAAUAUCUCUGCCAAUAUUUGUUUAUGUAAAUGUCAUGAUCAGCCUGUCAUUGCUUUGAAAAAGCUUGCACACUGAAUGCACAGGGAUAGUAGUCUGUGAAUGUCAUUUGGCUUGGCUCCGGUUAGACUUUCUCCAUGUAGAGGAGGGCUACCCAUGCUAAAGCAGGACUUGUGAUUUGAUGGUCUCAUCUCUCCUACUAGCAGCCUGCGCUGUAACAUGUUACAUUUGAAAGGAGUUGACAGAUGAGAAGCAAGUGCAAGGGGACUAGAGUUGUUUACAUUUCCUUGAAUAGCUAAGAAGCACAAAUCAUGGCAGCUUGUUCAAAAGUCAUGGUUCCACUCCUUGGCAGAAGAAAGCAAGCCACAGAAAUGUUGCUGAAAGGGCCAUUGAAAAAAUAUUUUAGAACCAAGAAAUUUUAAAAACAGCCUCCAAAUUCUCUUGGAUUGGAUCCAGUCUUAGUCCUGCUUUGAAGACACCCGUGGAAAUCAAUGGCAUGGAGGAGAAGGAGAACAGAUGAAGGGAUCCUGCUCAGAAGUGUGAGUAUUUUGGGAGUUGUCAUCGCCCAGUUCUAGCCUUAUAGAGACGAGCAAUGCCUGCGGGAAUGAACAAAAAUGGAUCUCGAUCAACUACCUCUUUGCCUCCAGAUCCCACAGAGAUUGUUCGAAGCAAGGCCUGUUCCAGGAGGGUCAAGCUUAAUGUGGGUGGCUUGGCUCAUGAGGUUUUAUGGAGAACCUUGGAUAGGUUGCCUCGGACAAGGCUGGGUAAGCUCAGAGACGGCAACACCCAUGAAACUUUGAUGGAUAUAUGUGACGACUACAACUUGGAGGAGAAUGAGUAUUUCUUCGAUAGGCAUCCAGGGGCAUUUACUUCAAUCUUGAACUUUUACCGCACAGGCAAGCUGCACAUGAUGGAGGAAAUGUGUGCCUUGUCCUUCAGCCAAGAGCUGGACUACUGGGGAAUCGAUGAGAUCUAUCUGGAGUCCUGUUGUCAGGCAAGGUACCACCAGAAAAAGGAGCAGAUGAAUGAAGAGCUCAAGCGAGAAGCGGAAACAAUGCGGGAGAGGGAAGGAGAGGAAUUUGAUAAUACCUGCUGCGCUGAGAAGAGGAAAAAACUCUGGGACCUUUUGGAGAAACCCAAUUCCUCAGUAGCGGCCAAGAUUUUGGCUAUUAUUUCCAUCAUGUUCAUCGUCCUCUCUACUAUUGCCUUGUCACUGAACACACUUCCUGAACUCCAAGGCACAGAUGAAUUUGACCACCCCACAGAUAAUCCCCAACUCGCCCAUGUGGAGGCAGUGUGCAUCGCAUGGUUUACAAUGGAAUACCUCUUGCGGUUUCUUUCCUCUCCGAAGAAGUGGAAGUUUUUCAAAGGUCCAUUGAAUGCUAUUGACUUACUGGCCAUCUUGCCCUACUAUGUCACCAUCUUCCUCACAGAGUCAAACAAAAGUGUACUUCAGUUCCAGAAUGUGCGGAGGGUGGUUCAGAUAUUUCGUAUCAUGAGGAUACUCCGAAUUCUAAAGCUAGCCAGACACUCCACUGGUUUGCAAUCCCUGGGAUUUACAUUGAGGAGAAGCUACAAUGAGCUUGGAUUACUUAUUUUGUUUUUGGCCAUGGGCAUUAUGAUCUUUUCAAGCUUAGUCUUUUUUGCAGAAAAAGAUGAGGAGGAUACAAAAUUCAAGAGCAUCCCAGCAUCCUUCUGGUGGGCGACAAUAACUAUGACAACUGUUGGUUAUGGAGACAUCUACCCUAAAACACUCUUAGGUAAGAUUGUUGGUGGGUUGUGCUGUAUUGCAGGGGUCUUGGUUAUUGCCCUCCCUAUUCCAAUCAUUGUAAAUAACUUUUCUGAGUUCUACAAAGAACAGAAGAGGCAGGAAAAAGCCAUCAAGCGAAGAGAAGCUCUUGAAAGAGCAAAAAGAAAUGGAAGCAUCGUAUCCAUGAAUAUGAAAGAUGCUUUUGCCCGUAGUAUAGAACUGAUGGACAUAGUUGUUGAGAAAAAGGGAGAAAAUGCAGGGAAAAAAGAUAAAGUUCAAGACAAUAAUUUAUCCCCAAGCAAGUGGAAAUGGGCCAAGAGAUCACUCUCUGAAACUAGCUCUAACAAAUCCUUAGAGACGAAGGAGCCAGGAUCACCAGAAAAGGCAAGGUCUUCUUCCAGCCCUCAGCAUCUGAAUGUUCAACAAUUAGAAGACAUGUACAACAAAAUGGCAAAAGCUCAGUCACAGCCCAACCUCAACAUGAAGGAGUCAAGUCAACCCAACAAGCAAAAAGAAGAAUUAGAGAUGGAAGCCAUGCCUGGCCCUAUGGUCCCUUUGCUGACCACACGUGCAGAUGGGAUAAUUGACAUGAGGAGCAUGUCAAGCAUUGACAGCUACAUAAGCUGCGCUACAGACUUUCCUGACUCUGGGAGAUACUCUCAUAGCCCAUUAACAACACUGCCAACUAAAGGUGGGAAAAAUCCACUUCAGGACCCAUAUAGGCCAGAGGGAAGUGGGACAAAAUUCAUGGAGAUAAAACCCAAUCUAGAAAGUGGCCACUGUUCUACCUUUUUCAUAGAAAGCCCCAGAAGUUCCAUAAAAGUUACCAAUCCUCUCAAACUACGAUCUUUGAAAGUUAACUUUAUGGAAGAGGAUGCCCUAAGAUCAGCAGCUUCAAGUGUUCUGAGAAUAUAUCCAGAUUCACUCAAGAAUAGGUCAUCUACAGGUGCUGCGACAGACAGUUCAGGGCACUCUGAUAGAUCUUUAAUGAGCCCAGAAACCUCUGUCUACACUACUGCAAGUGCUAGAACUCCCACAAAGUCACCUGAGAAGCAGGCAGCUGUAGUUUUUAACUUCCAUGAUGCUGGAAUACACAAAUAUAUUGAUGCUGACACUGAUGACGAAGGUCAAUUGCUGUAUGACUCAAGCCCUCCAAAAGCCAGGCCAGGGAACACAAGCCCCAAAUACGGCAUUUCACAUGGUGGCUAUUUCAGGCCAAGAGAUAGUGUUUAUAGAACAGAGAAGAACCACUUAGAGACUGCUGCUUUGCCCCCGUCUCCCAAGCGUGUAGGGCAAAAUUGCCUUUAUUCCAUGGAAAGUAUCACUGGAAGAACCCAUGGUAGCCAUGAAACUGUCAAAUUAGAGAAUCAUAUUUCACCUGAGGUUCACAUAUUACCAGGUGGAGGAGGACAUGGUAACACACGUGAUCAAAAAAUUUGAUGCGUGCCCCGGGACUUUUUUUGGUGACAGUUGAAAAGGAAUGCCUUUACACUCAACACACAAAGAAGAGCUUCUGCAUGGCAUGAACUUUUGACUUGAAACAAGCCACCUCUUUUGUAACAGACAAGAGGAUUCCCUCAAAAUAGGUUUGGGGAACAGAAUUCCUCUGGAUUCAUCGCGGAUGGUUGCCCUGAACAGUUACAGUCAUCAAGUAUAACGAAAAUCGUGCAUCUUGAUCAUAAUUUGAUCUCCUUUCAGUUUCCUUUAUUGAAAUCCGUGUGACCAAAUAUUCCAUUCACUCUCCUUUUUUGACAGACCUCUUUUAUGGCAUUGCCAUAAAACUGAUUUGCAUUACCGUCUUAAAGGCCAAGGCAGUCACAGUCAAAUACUGGAACAAAUUGGUAGAUUGAAUACAACAAUCAGAAAUGCAACGCUUUUUGCUUAGGGGCAACUGUUCCCAACACCCCAUCUAUGCCUUUUUCUUUGAUGGAUACCAGGUCUGAAGGUAAUAGGGUGGGCUUGGGUAAGCUUAUGGCUACAUUGCAAAAUCAGUGAAUUGAGAAAUAAACUUUUUAAAUUCUCUCUGUGUGCUUAAUACUUUGAGAUUCAUUGAGAGCUCAAGUUUUAUUUUUAAAAUGUCAACAGGGUGAGUUGCACCAUUUGUAUCCUAAAUCUAAAACAUCCCUUCAAAAUUCAGUCUAAAAUGUUUGUGUUCUAUUCUGCUAGAAAGGACACAGUUGAAAUUAGAAAGACAGUUUUCAGACUUAAAGACAGUAUGGUGUGUGAAUGAAGCAUUCUGAUUUUUUUUAUCCAUGAGGUAUUCUGGGGAAUGGAUGCACAAUGUGUGUUGGAAGAGGGUAUUCUUACUACCCAAAAAACAACAAAUGGAAAGUGCAAUAAUUGGAAAGUCAUGCUGGCUUUGUGAACAGCUCUACUGGUAAAGAGGCUAAAAUAAACAGUACAAAAAGGCAUUCAGCAUCUGUGCCCUGAAUUAUUUGCACACUCUUUCCGAGUUUACAGCCAACCUGUUCACCAAGCUAGAGGAAUCUUUCUAGCACAUAUUGCGUUCAAAUAGUGUUGAAUAAAAAGAUAUGCAAGUUUUAAAUAUAAAAAUAUGCAAAAAGAAGGAAAGACAGAAAAAAUGUUCCUAAGCAAUGAACCUGAGGCCUGGUCCUCCUCUCAUUUGAAAUGGUAUACAGCAGAACAAACCGUAUUGGAAUAUUGUAACUGUCAAAGUGGCAUAAAUGGGAAGAGAAUCAAAGCUAAGACCUUAGAAAGCUUCAACCAUUUCUCUUUAUCCUGACCACUUUAAACAAAACCAUAAACAGCAACACCAGCUUAGACUUAUAACUUAUACUGUUAUAUCAGAUCUAGUUUCAUUAAAUUGUAUUGUUAUUAAAAGCACUUUAUGUUGAUUUUAUAAUUGCUUUGGACAAAGGUAGAGCAGAGAAGCAGACAGAAUGUAUAUUUAACAAAAUUUAGCACUUUAAAACAAGCACUAUCUUGAUUUGUGCCUCAUCACAUCUGUGAUUUGUUACCUGCCUGGUAGCAAACUGCGUUAUAACUGUGAUGCUAACACUUGAUAAUGUGCCCAUUGUUACUGUUAUAUAUAUAUAUUCAUAUAUGUCAUUGACAGUUUGACUUCUGUUUAGAGUAUAUUGCAUUCUUAUGUGAACUCACUGUCUAUUGUGAGAGUUAGACUGUAUAAGCAGAUGCCUAAAGUCACUGCCAUCCAAAAAGGAGGAAAUCAUAUGAAAUAGACAUGAACUGACGCUCAGAAUAACCUAGCUAAAGAUAAAGUAGUUUGUUUCUUGUUCUGGCCUGCAGUAAAGGUUUUGAUCCAUGUCUUUUGGCUGAAACCUAUAAAGGUAACUCAGUAAAUCGUUUUUUUAAAAUACAUGUAUCACUAGCAGCAUGUAUCCUGUUAGUGUACAUACAAACUAAGAUCAGCUUAAUGUGGGCCUUUUUUUGUCAUUACAGAGGUUGGGAUUCAUUUCCACAAUGUGCAAUAAUCAAUUCUCCCAACUCAGAGUUUCCUUGUGCUGGCACCCCUGAAUGGUCAUUCCAUGGCUAAUGGAGGCUCAAGGAAUGAGUGAAGUAUCCACUCCAGUGAUGACUUUAGUAAAGACACAAACCACUGACCUCAUUCACAGAGAACUUCAUGAAAGAUGUUAUCAAUCUGUCUCUAACUAUGUCCCACAGCAAGAUGCUUCUCCCAUCGCCCAUACUCUCCACUAACUAUGAAAUGGCCAUUCAGGGGGCUGAGGAAUAGGGACCCAUAGUGGAGGUCCACCUGUGGAACUCCUAUACUUUGCUGGGCAAUGUAGUAUCUUGGCUAGUUGGUGUUUACAAGAUUUUCAGAUUCUGUUUUAGGACCUAAAUCCUAUUAUGUGCCCCAACUAGGGUUGACUCACUCAAACAAUGUGCCCAUUCAAUGAGCCUAUUCUAGUUGGGGCAACUAACAGUUGGGUUAGAUUAAGAAAUUGACAACAGGGAUGUUUGACUUUUUGUCUGAUAUGUGAAGUCAGCUCUUUUAAAUAUGGAGGUCAUUAAAUGAAGUGUACAACAUGCCUUGGCAUAGAAUUCUGAAAUAGGACUACAAAACCUACUGCAUUGCUAAAAGUAACUUACCAUCUUCUGGAGAUCACCAUUUUGUCCACUGGUUACCUUUCUGGUGUCAAAAUACCCGUUUGGUUGUUUCCAGUUGUCAUUCUUGUCAGUUCACACUGUACUUUACUGUGCUGUACUUCCAUCUCUAAUGCAUGCAGCAUGAAUGGACAAAGAGCAAUAAGCAACAUUGGUCAUAGAAAUUGUUAUGGGUUGUGAUGAUCACUUUAUUAAGCUAGUCCUUUCCACAAAAUUAAACUGAGAUACAGAGAUUUUGCACAUUUGCUCAUUUGAUUUGGUACUAUUGGGAUGUCUCUUCAGAACCUGGCACCAUCAUUACCGUAUCCAUUCACAGCAGUAUGAACAUAGAGUCCAUCAUUUCCAGAUGUGAAUAAGACCAAAUUGUCAGCAGUUUAGUCCAGUUUAGUUCAAUAUCAUGCUAGGAGUUACACAAUGUAACAAAAAUAAACUUGUGUUUAAAGAGGUAUUGACAAAAUAUUGAAUUUCAGAACACCCAAUUUUUGAAAUGCAUUCAUUAUUUUAAAAUUAUGUCCAGGGAAAGUUUCACAGUAAUUAAUAGAACUGUACUUUGAGGAGCUGGAGUUACCUUGUAACCAUCAAAUAAUUAUUAGGAAAUUAACUUUAAGCUCAGCAGUAAAAUACAUGCUUCACAUGCUUCACAUGCAAAUAGUUUAGAUGACUUCAGUUCCUGGAACCUCUAUAGAAAGGGAAAACCAUGAAAUCUUGAGAACUACUGCCAGUUAGUGUCAAGAAUAGUGGUUCAAAUAGAUCACUGAUCUGACUCAUUUUGGCAGACUUCCUAUGUUCCUGUAUUGCACAGAUUUUGGUCUGAAAUCCAGAAGUCCCAGUGAGUAGAUCCAUUGAAUGAAAGGGAUCUGUUGAUCAAUAGGGCUACAUUGGUUUAAGAACUGGAUUCCCCUUUUAAACAUACUUACUAUGAGGUUCCAUUGAACAUAGAGGAUUUAAUUGAGGACAAAUGUGCCCAGGACUGUGCUCUAGAUGUUCCUGUAUGAAAGUGGUUCUCAAUCUAUGGGUCCCCAGAUGUUUUGCCCUUCAACUCCCAGAAAUCCUUUUUUUAAAAUGUGAUUUUAUUGUAAACCCAGGUAGAAUAAUAUCAAAAUCCAUCACCAUUUCAAUAUACAUAUUAAAUGAUAUAUUCUUAGUAACAUUAUCCUUGCUAAUUCCACCUUUAUCUUCCACCUGUGUAUAAUGGUUUUUCACCCCUCCCCUCUCCCCCCUCCCUCUGGGAACAGUACUUUCUUUCAUUCAGAUAUUAUUUUAAUUAAUCAAUCGUAAAAAGAGAACUCCCAGAAAUCCUAACAGCUGGUAAACUGGUUGGGAUUUUUGGGAGUUGUAGGACAAAACACCUGGGGACCCACAGGUUGAGAACCACUGCUGUAUGAGGACUGUAAACCAUUUGCACCAGCAACAUUGUCAUGUAAUUUAAGUGAUUUAAAUUAUCUCAGCUUUAGGAUUGACAAAGAGGCAAAUGGAGUCCAGAAAAGUACUAUUUCUGUGAAUAAGGAAGGAAAAGCAAGUGAAAUUUGGUCAUCUGCAGGUCAAACCCCUAAAUUGUUUGUGUUACAGGUCUGUCAUGUCCAUUGUCAGCACAAAUGUUUUUUAAAAAGAAUUCAGGGAAAAACUACUUUUUGAUAAAAUUAAAAAUAGUCAAUAAUAGUGACUUUGAUGUUGCAUAUUUUAAAGCUGAUUCUUUUGUGUAAUUUUUUUCAGAGGAACUGUGUUUUUCAUAUCAGGAAAGGAAAUGUUCUUAAUAUAGCCAUACAGAGAAAUUAUUUAGCACCUCAAAUGAUACAUUUGGUUCACAACUGACAGUCAAAUGCAUUGUGACAUUUUUUAAAAAACCUGGAAAAUCAACUGGUGCAACUCUCCUUGUAACCAAAGUCCCCCCACCCUGUCAUUUUUCCCCCUUUGUGCAGGCUAAUGUGACACAAGUCUCAAACACACCUAAUCAAACCUUUUCAAGUAGCCUUAUUUGAGGUUACGUUUGACAGCUGGGUUCAAAAGUGUCACGAAAGAUCUACCUUUUGAAUGUGAAUCGCCAAAGUCCUAUAGAUUUCUUAUAGAAAGGGAAAAAUUAAUGCUGAGCAUACAGUAUGCUCCAAAGUAUUUCUUUCAUCCUGUUUGUGAACAUGUCAUUCUAGCUCACUUUUGGUACCUAAUUAAAAAUGAAGUCUGGAUUGUCCCAGAGAAGACCACUGAUAUGAAUGAGAACUGCACAAAAUCACGGUAACACACUUGUAACUUCCAUUCAUUUCAGUGCAAGUGACACUGAUGAACUUCCCAGUGGUUUGUGUCUCCUAGGAUGAAUUUAAAUGAUGUGGUACCUGAGAGUUAAAUUGUACAUACAAAUUAAGCAUAACUCUGUCAUCACUGGGAAAUCUAUGCUGAACCGAAAAACUUGUGCAAUGAAAGUAAAGACGAAGAAUUAUAUGAGGUUGGCUGCAUUCAUCACAAAAUUAAAAAAAUGAUGCCUCUCUAUAAUUUGCUUGCUUGUUAGAUGCAAAACCAUCCACAUUGCUGGGGUUACUUAAGUUGGCUGAACAUUGUGCGGAGAAUGUAAACUGAAGUACCCAAACAAACUCAGACCUCAAACACGUUAGAUUCCUCACAUGGUGUAUUUCUUGCUGGACUGGACUGUUUCAGACUAUUCAUGAGGGAACGGAGGAUUUAAACAAUCUCUGGGGAGAUCUCGGGCUCAAAUUCCCUCUUAGCCAUAAAACUAAAUUGGAGAUCUUGGGCCAGACACCCACUAUGAGAGUCAGCAUGAUGCGAUUAUUAGACUGCUGGACUAGGUUUUGGGAGGUGCAAGUACAAGUCCCACUGAGUCAUGAAGUUCACUGGGUGAACUUGAACUAAUCCGAUUUUCCAUCCUGACCUUCCUAACAAUUUGUUUUGUGGGUAAAGUGGUGGUCAUAAACAGAGCUAUGUACAAUACCUAAUGCUUAGUGAUGGAAAAGCAGAAUAUGUAAAAAAAUAAAGAGUAUCUCCCAACUUAACCCAAAUGGAGGAGAACAAAAGCCCAAUGAAAGAAACAAUGGCUAAAAUCUAGUGAAUAUAGUUCUGACAUAGCUCUUUCCUUGACAUGUAAGUUUAGUAGGAAUAAUAAACCUGCUUAGAAGCUAUGAAAAACUCCAGUAUUGUUUGAAAUUGAAAUUGUUUUUAAUAGAUCCUCAGUAAUAGGACCUCUACUUCUAUCAAAGGCCCACCUGGGCUUACCUAGUAGCAGUACUUUUUUCGUGUCAGGAGCGACUUGAGAAACUGCAAGUCGCUUCUAGAGUGAUAGAAUUGGCUGUCUGCAAGGACGUUGCCCAGGGGACGCCCAGAUGUUUUGAUGUUUUUUACCAUCCUUGUGGGACGCUUCUCUCAUGUCCCCAGAUGGAGCUGGAGCUGAUAGAGGGAGCUCAUCCACGCUGUCCCCGGGUGGGAUUCGAACCUGGAAGCUUGCAGAUCAGCAGCCCAACCUUCAAGUCACAAGGCUUUAACCCACUACUCCACCGGGGGCUCCAGCAGCAUUACUGGGUGACCCACAGUACUUGGUGGUUGCACCUAGACUCCAUUUUUAUUUUCCACGUUGCCUCUGAAAUCACGUUGCUUUGGGGUAUUGUGGGACAUUAAGAUGGCUAUCCAGAUUGGGCUGAAGUUUUAAUUUCUCACAGUGCCCUCAACUCACAAAACCUUGGUUGCACUACUGGAAAUUAAAAAGAUUGGUAGAUAGACACAAGUGGUUAGCAUUUCUGGGAACUCUGUGAUGUGAAAAGUUAUAAAUAAGACAUUCUCAUGAAAGUUCUGGAAGUGACACAGUCCAGCAACAGAUAUGCCUGGUGAAGUCCUUUUUCAUCUCUUCAAACUGCAAGGAUGAGUGAAGGAAAGAGGGAAAUCCUGCAAACAAAAGCAAGAUAAAAUGAAUGACUUCAUCUUAUAGAUGGACUAUUAACUGUGAGGAGGAUCUUACCAGGUGAGACACACUUAACAUUUCCUCAAUUGUAUUAUUGGGUUUUUUUUUUAAAUCCAGAAAAUUUAAGUGGGUGGGAGGGAAAGUUCAGAAUAAUCUGUUAACAUUUUAAUCAUUAGUACCAUUGGUUCUGCACCUUACCAUCAAGCAAGCUAGCAAACAGGCUGCAAUUUCUACAGUGAUAGAAUCUCGUACCUCUCAUGGUAUGUCUAGGGUUUGGCUUGCAUUUGGCAAAAUCAAUGUCACGAUGUUAAUGAAUGGGCUGAAAGAAAGAAUACAGACUUUUGCACUUAGCUGGGAGGCAUAGUUUCUCUCAGCUUCAAGCUUUUUUCUUUCUUCUUUUUUUAGUAAGGAAAAGUAACUGUAUUUGUGAUUGUGGUAGAUUUCUCAGUGCCUUUUCUUAAAAAAAAAGUCACCGAAGCACACUUCAAGAAAAUGAAGAGUAUUAUAUGGUGUCCUGUGAAUAUAUUCUUUUUAUGAAAGGCUCAAGAAUUAAUUAUUGCAAAAGAAGAAGAUGGUGACCCACAGAAUAUGUAUUUCCUCUCUGAACAGACUAUGAGGCAAAAAGCUGAAGGAUUUUUUUCUUUAAUUUUUCCUAUGGAUCUCACUUUGCGUUUAAUUCCAUGUGACAUGUUUCCUUAGCAACUGUGGCUAACCUAAACUGUAGCCUUUCCUUUCUUUUGCAGAUAAGGUACAACAUUUCUGAGCAAAACAGUAUUCUCUUCUGUAAAAAAAUGUAAUGUAUCGAUACUCUUUGUACCUGUUAUAUAUUUAUGUCUUGACAAUGAUGAAUGGUACAAACAUAUGAUUCAUAUAACAGGGGUAGUUCAGACUCAUGUGGAAGUCACUAAAGCCACAUUCUCUCGACUGAUACACUCCACAUGACAUUUGGUAGAUGCGAACAAUCUUCUGAAACUCCCACGCCAUGCCAUUAAUGCAGUCAGCAAGGAAAGCAACAAUAACAGUCGGUGAUGUCGCUGCUACACCGCAUGUGGCUGAGGAUGGACCCACCCAACCUGUUCAUAGUAUUGGUUAUCAUAGGUUGGGCUCAUUGUAUAUCAGCUUUCCUUCAGACUGAAGGUGCGCUUAUUUCCAAUGCUGCAUUUCUUUCCAUGGCUGACUUCCAGUGCUGCUAAUGUAUUUGGAUAGGAAAGUAAGUGGAAUCCAGCCAUCAGUAUUUCAGAAAGAAACUGAGUAAGGGCAGCUUUUUCAUUGUAGACCUGCAGUGAUGAGGGAAAGCUGUUGCUAUUGAAUACUCCUUCCUCUGCCUCAUACCAAUGCAACCCAGCAACCUCUGUUAGUUAGCGAUCCAAUUCUCUGUGCCCUUUUCCCAAGAGCCCUUCAGUGGGGAAGCUGGCUAAUUGAGAUUGCAUAUAUGACUGCCAGAAUUACUCUCACUGUGCUCCUACAUGAGGAAGCCCUAUACAACCCAUGCUGCUUGAAUGUAGGGAGGCAACCUCCAUGCAAUGUCCACAAUGGACAUGUCCAUCAAACCCCCUAUUAUAUGAUUCCUGGAUUUAUCCCACCCACCCCAUAAAAACCUGCCUGUAGCAAUCCAUGCUCAAUGCGACAAAUGCAACGAGCUUUCAAUUUCCCUCUUUUCCUUAGUCAAUUCUUCCUGUGUUAUCAGUUAGCAUGCUCGUAGAUGGUAACCAAAACAAAGCAAAAGUAGUCAUGUAGGUUGCUUUAUAAACAACCUGUCAGGGAGAAUAUGGCUUUAAUAAAGUUCUGGUUGAAAGUACAGGCGUUUGCUGUACCUCCGGUUUGCCAUUGUGUUGGCUCUGUAAGUAUCAAUGUAGGAGAAAGUCACGUGACUUUCAUGCAUUUCCAGAGUAGUCUAUUUUUCUGUUCAGAUGAAAAGAAACAAAAUUAUGUAAAAAAAAUAGCUGUAUUUUUAGCAAAUUUAUAAUAGGGCAAUUAAGUCAAAAUUCUUUUGUAUUACGGAAUAAUAUAUCAGUCUUUACUGUCAACCACUUCCAUAGCUCAACUUCUGACUUCAAUGUGUGUGAGAGAAUGCGUGUGUGUGUGUGUGUGUGUGUGUGUGUAUACGCAUGUGAGCAUACCUAUGUGUGCAUGUAUGAGUGUGUUCUGAUGAAAUGUUGCAAUAUUCCAAAUUGAUUUGUGUUCACAAAUGGUCUCAAAGUCUAGCGUUGUUAUGUUUUUCUAUUCUCCUUAUUUGUCGGAUGUUUUAUAAUUGCAAAUGAAAGUUAAUGUGUUUUCAUCCUCCGGAAAAUUCAGGAGGAAUCAGAAUGGCUCAGACUCUGAAAUUAAGUGGAACAUAGACAUGUAAUCCAUUAACUUCAUCCUUUGACCUCUGUGAGGUUCUUCCAGAUGUACAUCAAUUGUAAUACGAUUAAAACCUUUCGGGAUGCACAGAUAACAUAAGAGGCUUGAUCCUUUGGGAAGGUUAAAAGCCUGUCAAAAAAGUAUCAUCCACCCAUGUUUCAUAUGCAAAAAAAAAAAACAGAAUGCCAAGAAUCCAGAUAUUUGGGAGGCCCUGCCUUUUGAGACUGAGAGUAGGAGCUGGAGCUGGAACUGGUUAGAGGGAAGAGCGCUUAGCAUCCCUUUAGAAGCCCAUUAUUUAGCAGACAGUGGGAAAUUAUGUCACAGUCCUCACAGAGACAACUUAGGCAAAGGUGUAUGAGGUGUGACAAUAUCACAGCAAUCUACAUAUCCAUGCCAGAUUCAAGGCUAAAACAUCCAGAAUCACCUCCCAGCAUGGGACAUAGUAAUUUUUAAGACAAAUGUUUCCAAACUCUGGACGCAUUCAUAGUGUUGCACUCUUAAGGAUGAGCCAAAAUGUUCAUCUCUUCAUUUCCCUUUUUAUAAUCUGCUCCAUGCCAUGUAUUUUUAACAAGCCCUUAGAAAUUCAUGGUACUCUUUGCUUAAUUGGGUUUACAUAAACAAAUUUCAGGGCACACUGUUUGUACUUUCUUUUGUGUAACGAAUUAGUCCACCUUCACUAGUGGAGGCCCGCAUCAGCAUCCAAGUUAUUUCCUUUAUCACCUUACAUUACCUCUAAAAUGACACUUAGAAUCAUAGAGGCAAGAGAAGGCAAGAGGGAAAGACAUCUAUAUUAAAAGAAAAAAUGGUGGCCUCCAAUGGACCACUUUGGACACUUUGAAUCCAUUUGUUUCAAGUACAAUGUGCGCACAAGCUCCUCUGCCAAUAGUUGAGCUAAGCUUCCACCUGAGGUCACAAAAUGUAAGAAUUUCUUCCUAACCAGAGAGAUCUUUGCUGAAAAUGCCACCUGAAAAAUUGAGGCAACUUUUAAUUCUCAGAGGCAUGACCAGCCUGCUAAAUUCAAGAAUGAUUCCUCAUGCAGCUUCUUGGUGUCUGGAUGACAACCUUUAGCAGCGGCCCAACACAGAAAAUUGAGCAAGUUAAGCUUUCUCCAUCAUUUCACCUCCAUGCCAAAGAAGGAAGGAAGGAAAGAAGGAAAGGAAAGAGCUUAUAUAGUACAGCCCCUUUAUCCAUUGAUUCAACAGCCAUGUUCUCACUCAUGGGCCAAAAAAUAUCUUCCCUCCCCGUAAAAAUCUUUGUGGACUUCUGUAGGUCCUCCGGUGUGAUUCUAUACUAUGCUUCCAGCCCAAGUAUAGUCAAAUUAUAGAAUUUGCUAUUAUCUAUGCUUUCAGGUGUCUUUUUGGGGGUGGUGUCUUGGAGUGUAUCCCCCAUGGACACAGGUAUUAUAAUGAAGCUGUGAAAAUUACAACUAUGGCAUUGAGUAAAGGCAAAGGUAAAGCUUCAGGACAAGGGGGAAAUGAAAUCUUAUAAGAACAAAUAAGAAGCCCACCCCCAUGAAAUUUGCCUCCAGUCCCCAAAAAAUUUAGUAUUGUAAUAAUAUUCAAAGACAGUGCUGUGUUAGUUCCUAACAGUGUGCAAAGGGUCUCAUCAAUGAAAGCAUAGGCUACAUACUUCUCUGAGUCUCAAAGGUGCUACAAGAUCCUUUUGCAUUCUAGUACUGCAGUAACUUAAAACUUUAUUCCAUCAUUAAGAAACACAGUUUAUGCAGCCAAAGCAAAGGGCCAGGCAAAGUUACCAAGGGAAUAUGAACACAACAAAUAUAAUGGCUCUGGACUUUCAAUGUCUCUACAAUGCUGGAAAUUUGGGAAGGGAAGGAGAAAAAUGCAUGGGGCCCAUAAUCCUUAUUUGGAGGAGUUAAUCUUAUUUUAAUCCUGGUGAUGGGACAGCAUCUUUCCCUGCCUGAGAGGAGUAGGCUAGCUUAGGGCAGUGCUUUUCAAUUUAUCUGAUGUUGCACACCAGCUUUCCUCCCAAGGUGCCAGGGAUUAGUAAUGUGUUUAUUCCAUAUUAUUGGCACUGUUUUUUGGAAACCAGCCACAAACUGGGAGCUGAUAGUUCAUGAACUGGCAUCACAUUUUGAGUAAGAUUGACUUAAAGGAUACAAGACCAAAUUCUGUCCCUUCAAUGAAAGGAAAUGACAAUGGAGGUGCAAGUUUCCAACAAAUACUGUUCCACAUUUAUAGCCUGAGGAGACUGCCUCAUUCUGCUUCAUUACGACCAAGCAUAAACUAUAUGGCCACAUGAUAAAAUGUUUCAGACUACUAUUUUUCCAACUUCUAAAAUGGACAUAUUGUCUGUAAACUGAAUUUAUUGUCAAACUAGUUACUACCUCAACUUUUUUGAGGUUGUGAGAAUAUUAUGAGAAUAUUUUUUGAACUUCAUCCUAACCUAAAAACUUCACUUAAUGACUGCUCCACUGUUAGUGGUGACCACUCUAGGACCAGUUCUCCGUUCAACAACAAAUAUAUUGUCAUUGGCUAGCCAUUCUUGUUUUAAAAGUUGGUUUGGGUGCUUGGUAACAUAUGUCCUGAUUUUUAUCUGUAAAAUGUUACCGUGUAUGGUGCACAAGACAGCCUUAAGAUAUGACCAAGGGAAACAAAAGACACAGGUCACAAAUGUGGGCAGACCAAAACAAGUGCUAAUUGAUACUAUGGGAGAAUACCAGAUCUACAGAGUAAACCACAAAAAUUAAUGGGGUUAUUUAUUGAAUAAUUAAUCAGUUAAAUCUACUGUCAUAUUUCAUCUGUCUUUCACAGAUAUUGAUUGUUUAUCCCCCUCCCCAUCUAUAGUUCAGUAAAAAGAUAAUUAAAAUAUUGGCUAGAUAGUGUGUCAAAUACUUAAAUAUACUUAGUUAAGAAAUGGCAAAAUCAAGUUUUUCUGGCCAUGGAAGAGUGACUGUGGAAACAAACAGCUGACUAUAGUGUCAAAAUUGUGACUAAGUAGCUAUCAUUACUAUAGAACUAGUUGAUACAGAGCUGUGGCCAUUUAAAAAAACAUAGAUAACCAAGUUAGUUGGAAUUGCCUCAGUUAUUAAAAAGAGCCCAUUUUAACAAUUGUAUUUGAGAACUUCAAGAAACAGACUUUCGAUAAGAGACAACCUUUGAUGCAGUCUACAGAGAAAGUUUCAUCACUUAAUGACCUCACUGCUAAAGGAUGCUAUUCAUGUCUGAACUAGACGCCACACGUCAGGCUUCCAUGAUGCUUUACAUGCCAGUCAGUGUUCAACUAUACACUCUGGAUUUUCUAAACAGUUGCACAAAUUACAUUUUUGGAUGAUAACUCCGAGAAUGCUCACCAAUCAAUAUGGCCAUAUUACUUUUCCAAGCUCUGGAUAGACAUGCACAUGUAAGAAGAUAUUCUCGUGACCUCUUUAGGCCUUCCCAAUCAAAAACUGAGCAUUAUUCACACUUCCAAUUCUGCCUCACAUCAUGGAUCACUGAACAGUAUUUCAGCUCUUUGUCUGCUUCUUUUCCUUGCCAUGAUUGCUUCUUCUUCUGGAAUAGCUGUUGCAAUGUGAUGUCCUCAGCUGCUGAGGAGUCUUUCUUAAAUCAUUCUUGCCAAGGAACUUGUUACAGAGCUGUUCCUAUUUAUUUUUGUAUGUAGAUGGAGUUGCACUUAUGUUCCUUUGGCUUGUCAACUGAGACACUCUCUGUGUUGCUGUGAACCUUUAAGCCAUGAUAUUGUUUGUAGCUAGAAUCUUAAUGACUAGCUCUAGCUACAUAGCUUUUGGAGCAAGUACCCCCAACCCAGACUCAAUAACCAAUAUGAUAGAAUCAUGUUCUCGUGUGCCCUCAAGUGGUUUCUGACUUAUGGCAAUCUAAAGUGAUCUCAUCAUUGGGUUUUCUUGGCAAGAUUUGUUCAGAAAGUAUUUGCCAUUUCCUUCCUCUGAGGUUUAGAAAAUGUAACUUGCCUGAGGUCACAACAUGGGUUUCCAUGACUAAACAGAGAUUCAAACACUUCUCUCCAAGGUCAUCGUUCAGUGCUCAACCACUAAAUCAUGCUAGUUUUCAGAAAGGAUCAGGCUUGCUAGAAAAUACAUUCUUCAACAGGUAACAAAUAUCUAAGCAAAAUACUAGUAAUGCUGGUCUGUGUCAAGCUACCCCACUUUUUUGAGGAAAAACUUCCCUUUACUUCCAAGGGAAUCUCUUCCCAAAAGUAAAUUUAAGUGCUGGUGAGGAAUGUCCUACCACUACCACCACCACCCAAAAAAAAUAAAGGUUCCAAGAUUAAUCAGGGAUCCUACACUUGCAACUGAAGAUUUAAGAACCAUGUGAGUCACAUCUAUUAAGGUCCUCAGUGUAGACCACAGAUGAGAAAUGCAUGGUCCUUCUGAUGUUGCAGGACUGCAUCAAGUUUUAAUACAGGCUAAAUUGACUAAGGGGAUUGGUUGUGGUAAUUACAGAAGUUGUAGUUCUACAACAUCAGAAAGGCCACACAUUCCCUACCCCUGGUGUGGAGCUUACCUGGGUGUGCCAUAUUGGAUGCUCCUAAAGCACUGUCCCACAGAAAAGAUUACAAUGCCAAGGUGAGAAUAAAUCAGUGUGUUUCUCUACUAUGUGAAGUGGCUAGAACUCCUUUGAUUCAAGAUGCAGGAGCUAUCCACAGUCUAUGCAUGCAGAACCUUCCUAUCUUUUGAAUAUCUGUGCUCCAGGCACACAUGCAUGCAUCAUAGAAGAGAAUGACUAAAGAGCAACACAAGCUUAUGUAACCAUUCACAACAGCUACAUUCCAUGCCCUAUUAUUUAGUUGUCGACCACAUGAUGGUGCAUAGUUACUCAUCAGCUCUCAAAGGGAAAAAUCAGUGAGAACGCUUGUAUCUAUACCAGAGCCCUGGAGAUAGAGGUCCCUAUCUCUUAUGACAUACUGUUUAUGCUAUCAGUAGCACAGUACACCUCAGUAGACUUCUUCAGUUUUCCAACCAUGUUCGAUCAGCAACAGCAAGCAAUGACACAAGUCAAAUGGCCUUUGAUGUUCUGUAAGUCUUCACUCUGUUGUACAGAAUGCGGACAUGGAUGCAAUGAACAUCAUCAAGCUAUGGUUUGUUCAAAGAAACGACAGUUUAAAAUCAGUGGGCUUAAAACAUAUACCAAGACAGGAAACUGUGCCAUGAAUAUAUUAAAGCAAAUUAAAACAGAAAAAAGGAGGAAACAAAUCCAGAUUUGGAUAUUUACAUUGUAAAUGAUAUACCACAACAAACUGCAGAAAGCAUUGAAUCGAACCCAGAAGCUGAAUGUGUGCAACAGGCAGAUGAUGCACAACAGCUACAGGUCUGCUAGUUUGUGCACAGAUUCUUUUCAUUCAUAGCCCAUAUUUUCACGUCUCAGUGCAUCAAAUGCCGUUUACCCGUUUGAGCAUUAACAAUUCCCACAUGUCUGGGAGGAACUAGGAUUUCAUUAGCCAUAUACUAGUGCACUUAGAGUCUUACUUUUUUAAUAUUUAUUUUUGGUAACUUUAAACCUUACUUGAUGAAGUUUAUGGACCUCUCCAAUUGUUUAUGUAAAAAAACUUUUAACAAGUGUCUUUAUAUGCAUGUAGUGGUAUGAAACUGUGAUCAUUGUGUGACAUUCAAAAAUUGUACUGUCUUGUAAAAUAUGUCCAAAUGUCUACGGAUUUUAAAGCAAUGGACCCUUCCUCGAGAUUACAAAAAUAAAUAAAAAGGUAUGGUUAAAACUGA